AUGUUCUCCAACCUUCAGAUACGGCCCGCCAAACCCCAGCGCAGGAGGCCCAGUCUGACUAUACGCGCCGGCGUCGCAAAGCGCCGAGUAUCGACCGUCUCGGCUCUGAGCGCGAGCAUGGUGCCGUCGCUGAGCUUCAUGGAGGGCUUGUUUGGCGACGAGUUCCCAGAGGCGUUUGGCACCGGCGACGGGAACGCGGCAAAGAGCAGGAAGUGCAUUUUGGACUUGCCCGUCGAGCUGCUCGAGAUUGUGUGCGCACACAUUUCCAAGCUCGACAUCAAGCGAUUGCGCCUCGCCUGCAAGCACCUGGCCAGCAGCGUCUAUCUUCGCAUCGACCGCGUCUACGUCUCGCCAAACAGAGCCAACCUCGACUACCUGUACAGCAUCUUGGCUCAUCCCCGGUACAAGUACCGCGUCCUCGAAGUCGUCUGGGAUGAUGCGCGGCUCCAAGAGUACCCGACGCUCGACAGCUUCCGCGAGGCGAUCCUGCUUGACGAAAGAGAGACCAAGAGAGCCAUUGAGAGCCGACUCAACGAGGCCAUCUGGAUUUACAGUGCCGGAAAUCCCGAGUACCAUGCACUAGAGCACGACGAUCUUUUCGACAAGAAUGGGCGGCUGACCGAGGCUGCCAAGGAAAUCCUUUUGCGCUACGACGAUCCGUUUUCAAGUGAGGUGCUUGCCCGAAACGCAAUCAUGAUGGACAUUGAAGAGAGCUACGCGCUGUACCAAGACCUGUACAAGACCGAGCAGGCAAUCAUGGAACAGCAGAUCGACGUCAAUGCCCUGCAUCAGGCCUUGCUGGGAUUCCCAAAGCUCAAGAGAGUCACCUUUACCACCGAAGCUUGGCGUCCAUGGACCAUGCAGCCCCGAUACAACACGCCCUUCCACCGUGCGCUGCCCGUGGGAUUCCGCAAGCCGAAUAUCAGGUGCGAGUCUCGUCCAUCUUCAGCAGCAGGCCAAUCCCCGAAUCACCCUUUGAAGAUGUCUGUGCAAAGAAAUCGCAUGCCAGUGGGCUUCCGAGGCUACUCCAUCCUGGUAUCCGCUCUACUCAACAUGCCAGUUCCAAGCAUCGAGGAGUUUAUUGUCGAGUUGGAAAACGAAGUCACGGGCAAAAGCCAGGACGCUAUCGAUAUCACGUCAGCAGACUACGAAGACACUAGACGCAUGUUCCAGCGAACUCCGCUCAAGCAUGUCAAGUUCUUUGUCAACUCCGAAGUCGACGCUCGCACGCCAUCCACUUUCCAGAAUACGAGCAAUGUCCGAAGCUUACUCACGGAGCUCCGCCACCUCCAACACCUCGAUCUGAGUCUCAACUACAACAAAACAGAACCGCUCUUCGGUCACGUUCCCCGUCUCGUUCCCGUACCUGAGAUUUUGACGUCUCAGCUCAAGACCUUGACCUUGCGCCACGUGGUCGCAGAAAAAGAUGAUAUUUUCGGCCUUCUCACCUCAUUGCCAAAACUGCAGCACGUCACGCUGCAUCAUCUCCGUCAAUGGACCGACGCUCCCUGCUGGUUUCUCCUCUUCCAGCGCCUAAGGGCUUAUUACAACACAGUAGCUCACGUGCGGAAACCCCGUUUUACCAUUGCACAACCCCGUGUUUUCGACACGACUUACCUGCAGGUAGUCGACGAAGAAGUAGACGCCUUCUUGUACCGCGACGGCGAGAAUCCGUUUCUCCGAGCGAGCAUCAAGACGUAUGCGCAUCUCCAGCCGCAUUUGGGGUGGAGAGUCGACACAAGACACGAGACGGUGAGACAGAGGAUGCGGGACGUGUGUGUGCGGGAAGAGAUUCAAGAGUGGGAGAGCGAAAUGUAG